AGAGAGGAGGGGUGAGAAAAGAGAAGCCGGAUGGAUUUCUUGUAAAUCAGCAUACCACUCGUCCAAUGAGAUCGCUUCGUUCACCUGGCAGCAGGCCAACAUCAGAGGUAUACACAGAGAAGGACGGAUAGAGUGGGAGAAACAGAGAGGGAGGAGCGAAUGAGCAGGACCUUGUGUUUGAGUAUGCAACACACACACGCACGGACAUGAGCACAAAAACCGUGCCUUCUCUCUCAUGAACCUGGAACGAAUAAAGAAAGAAGAAACCACUAGGAAUGAACCAUUCUCUACACUCGCAUAGCUGGUUCUGAAAGAUGGCGAGGGUCCAGAGGAUCUUUAACUCCACCCAGCCAUUCUCUAUGUCCACAACGCAACCUAAACUCAAGGUCCACGGCUGUCUCGCUUCCAUCCCUGAGCCUCAGUCGCCUGUCACCUCUGGGAAGGACGAUAAACAGCACGGGCUGACGGAUUAUUCCAACUUCCUUUUGAAGGUCAUCUCUCAUGGAACAGCCAAACAUGUAGGCACAGGGCCUCUGGGCACCGAGAAGCCCUCCAUCAUCGCCCAGGCAGAGUGUGAAUCUCAGGACUCACAGGAAUUCUGUCCCAACAGCAGACAUAAAAAUGCAUACAGCAACUUCAGGGCAGCCCUGUCCUCACCCCAUGGCACAGUCUCUCACCGCCAGUCGAGGAGAAAACGACGGAAGAGACAACGGCGGAGAGAAGGCCAACAGAGGGAUGGCGGGAGCGAGAGAGUGAGAGAAAGAAGACUCACAAGAGUGCCGCAACAGGACAGCGGAGAGCCUGGAGAGUGCAGCUACAUCAGCAGCAACAGCAGCAGUGCGAUUAGCACAGAAAGCCUGUCUGUCCAAGAGACAGCAGCGCCGUCUUUCUCCUCUCACCCGAGCCACAUUAGCGUUCAGCUAUCUUCCAAAUCCUGGGAGGGCCUUUACACGACCCCGCAUGGCCUGGCGUCCUACAGCCAGGAGAGCGAGCGCUCUCUGAACCCCGACUCGCCGCUCGUCAGCGAAGCCGAAUGCAGCCUGGCACUAGCAGGCCUCAGGAACAACGUCUCACAAGCCGAGUGCUCCUUUGCGUCGGCGUUCGCCAAACAGAUGGUCCGAGACGUGAAGGACAGAGAAGACGAAAAGGAUGGAGAGGACGAGAUGGAAGAGAGCAACACAAACGAAGGCAUCCUGUUUAAAGAGGAGCUCCAGCCGCAGGACUAUGAAUAUCGAGAGGGACGGGAUUACGAGUGCUGUGAUUUACUAAAGCAAGGCUCGUUCGGAGUCGUCUACAGCAUCAGAGACAAAUCCAGCGGCUUUGUGUGCGCUGCCAAAAAGGUGCCGAUAGAACGUUUCAGAAGUGACGAGGUGGGCUCGUGGAGUGCCCUCCAGUCUCCUCACGUGGUGGAAUUUUUCGGAUUUGUCCGAGAGGGUCGAUCCGUCAUCCUGUUCAUGGACCUCAAACCUGGCUCUCUGAGGCAGUUGUUGGCAGAAAGAGGUCUCCUGCCUGAGGAUCUGUCCCUGCACUACAUGCAUCAGGUCCUGGGGGCGCUAGAGCACCUGCACAAGAGACGCAUCCUCCACCUGGACGUCAAAGUGGAUAACGUGUUGUUGUCCGAGGAUGGGAAAAACACCUUCCUGUGUGACUUUGGUGAGUCAGAGCGACUCGACCCGUAUGGAUUCAGUCCGUCUCAAGCUCUGAAGGGGACGGAGACUCACAUGGCUCCUGAGGUGGCACGUGGAGAGAAGCGCUGUGCCAAGGUGGACGUGUGGAGCAGCUGUUGCAUGCUACUGCACAUGCUCAACGGCUGCCAGCCGUGGACGCGCUACUACUCCCGCCCUCUCUACCUCAAAAUAGCCAAAGAGCCGCCGCCCCUGAGAGAGAUACCACCCAACUGCAGCCCUCAUACUGCUGAUGUCAUCAAGCGGGGACUGCAGAGAGAGCCGAGCCGAAGAGCCUCAGCCAAGGAUCUCAGAGUUCAAACGGCUAAAGCGCUUAAACAAUUGGGAGGUCUUCGGAGCCCAGCAAGGGGAGGAGCCUAUCAAAAGCCAAUUGGGAAGCCAGAAAGGUGUGUGCCCAGCCACUUCUCUGAUAGCUCUGUGCAGCAGUGGAUGGGCCCAGGGCAGGAGUGGAGAGAGCGGGCUGGACUGAGGGCGGAGCCGAAGUGCCGUAAACAGCGAGUGGAAAAAGUGGAUGAUGUAAAGGUGGAGAAUGACAGGGAGGAAGAGAUUGUGCUGAGAAAAGAGAGCUACGUUUCUCCACCUUCACCGCUCUACUUACAUUCUCCACCUCACGAGUCCCACAAACCCACAGAGCAGGAGCUACGCAAACUUGAGAGGGAGUUUUUCCUGAGCAGCCUGUCUCAGCCACAUUCGGCCGAGUUACAGGAGCAACUUCUUUCCUGCCUGGGUAGUGACUGCCUUUCUAGCAGAGAGCCAGGAGACAAAAAGGACUCCGGCCGCUGGUCAGUUGGCCCCGGGGACGACCUCAGCUCAGGUGUGUUUUCCUACAACAGCCAAUCGGACGGCCAGAGCUUCAGUAUGGAUUGGCUUGGCCCCGCCCACCAGCCCCCACCUCGCUGCUUUGAGGGAGUGGACGUUUGCAUCCGGGACUUCAACGGGCGAUGCCUCCGUAUCCGUGAAACCCCCCGCGUAAAAGUGGGUCACAUCGCUAUAGGAAUCAGUGAUCAGAUAUCCGAGAGUGUGUUCAGUCUGCAGAGUGAGGACGGUUCUCUGGUGCCCCAUGAUAAGCCGGUACAGGAUGCUGGUCUCUUCCUGCGCUGUGUCCCUGCCCCUGACUCCGUCCACGUUCCACAACACAGACGAGGCUCCUCCUGCAACAUGCCGUGGAGCUGGAGGAUCCGGGACGGGAGGCUGGAGAUCAGGGACUGAUGUCUUUAUGAUUGGACCUCCUCUGUUGUCUAUCAUUUCACUUUUUGUAUUAAAAAAAUAUAUAUAUUUCACGUGCUCAACUGUGCCAGUGUGUUUUGGAAUGAUCUUAUACACAUCUUUCUACCAAUAUUGCAGGAAAGUAUUUUUUUUUUAUGUGUACUGUCUUCAUGUUUAAGUGAACAUAGUUCAUCUGUCGGUCAAGGACAUGACACAGAUUUUUUUUUUUUUUUUUUUAUUUCUGAUCGGAAAGACAGAAGUCAUUUCUAUUGCCAUAAUGUACUGUAUGUCACUGUACCAAUAAACCUUAUG